CUCCACUAUACAAAAACAAAUGAUGGAGAAGGACUCACUGUCUACACAAAGUGAAGAAGUGAGAGGGUUCUCUGGGGAAACUGAAAAAUGGCCAUUAACCAAGCCACUCAGGGUCCAGGUGGCUGGGCAGACGUUGCUCCACUCGUUCCUGUGCUCUGCAAAUGUCCCCUCUGCGCUACUGGGUAGAGACCUAUUGGUAAAAUUAGGAGUAAAAAUCCUAUGUCAUCCAGAGGGACUGAUAAUCAUUUUUCCCAAUGGUUUGACAACUAACUGCUCAACACCAGUGACCACAACGGUGAGAGGUCAAUGGGUCCUACAAACAGAUAGGACAGUCAAAGCUAGAUGUUAUUGGUUAAGAUUAACUGACAAAAUCAAAUUGCAGAAGGUAAUAACAAGAUGGGAGCCAUGGCUAAACACACUGUAUAAAUUUCAGACCCCCACUGACCCCUGGCACUGUACACUACUGUAUGACACCAGUGAGGAUGAGGAAUAUGAACAAAGUUUUACAGAGGUAAAUGGCAAGACAACUAGCAUCAAGUGUACUAGAUUGUUUGUAGCUAGGGAAGGUGUGGCUGCAGAGGUAAUAUUAACCGAAGAACAAAAAGGUUAUUUUGAAAUGACAGAAACUUCAACCCCACAUGUAACAUUAUUUAUGAAUGAGGGGCAUGAGGCUAAGGCUCUAGGGCCCAUGGUGAAGCGAAUGCAGGAAGCUGGGGAUUGGAAAAAGACAGACAAUGAGUGGGAGUACUCACCAGAGGUAGACGGGUAUAGGUUGACAUUUGAUAUCACUGAGGAAGCCAUAUACCAGAUGGUUGAGGUACGUAGGAUAGUUACCACCCAAGAGGGAGAUGGAGAAGGAGCAGAGAGACUACUGCAAGAAAUGCCAGAAUCCUUAUGGUCACAGGGAGCUGGGGAUGUAGGAAAAUGGUCUAUUGAACCAGCACUGUUUCAGAUAGACAGAACAGACAUAGUAAACGUCCGACAAUAUAAACUACGACCAGAAGCUGUGGGAGGGAUAGGAGAAACCAUAAAAGAAUUAGAGGCUGCUGGGGUCCUACGCAGGACAGUAUCUGACUGGAACACCCCAAUCCUUCCUGUUUUGAAAAAGACAACUGGAAAAUACAGGAUGGUGCAUGAUUUAAGGCUAAUCAAUGAGAAAGUAUUGACUGCUACCCUACCCACCCCAAACCCCUACACCAUCAUGUCUAAGUUGACACCAAACCAUUCUCAUUUCACGUGCAUAGAUCUAGCAAAUGCAUUUUUCUGUAUACCACUGGCAGAGCAAUGUCAAGACAUUUUUGCUUUUAGCUAUCAGGGAACACAGUACACUUACAACAGACUACCACAAGGGUUUAUUUUAAGCCCAGGCAUAUUCAACCAAGCAUUAAGAGAGCUGCUAGACAGCUGUAUAUUGCAUGAAGGUACCAUCGUUAUCCAGUAUGUUGACGAUCUGCUAUUGGCAGCACACUCCAACGAGAUUUGCCUGCAGGACACUAGAAAAGUAUUAACAUUACUGAGUACUGCAGGGUUAAAGGUGAGCAAGGAAAAAAUUCAAGUCAGCAGGGCAACAGUGCACUUCCUUGGAAGAAUAAUUGGACAAACAGGCACGGCCCUAUCUGAUGACACCAAACAAACUGUGUUGUCAUACCCAAAACCACUAGUGGUAAAAGACAUGAUGUCAUUUCUGGGGUUGAUAGGGUAUAGCAGACAGUAUGUACCAAAUUACUCAGAAAGAACUGCAGCCUUGAGGGCGUUGGCAAAAGAAGUCGGAAUGAAAAACAGUAGAGCACGACUAAAUUGGACCCAAGAGGCUGAAGCCACUUUUUGUGGACUAAAGGCUGAUUUAGCCACUGCAGCAGCCCUACAGACUCCAAACUAUGAAUUGCCUUUCUUUCUGGACAUUAGCACCACGGCCUCCACCACAAAUGGAGUGUUGUAUCAGAAACAACACCAACAAAGAAGGGUGUUGCAUUACUUGAGUGCACCUCUAGAUAAGAUAGAGCAAAAGCAACCCACCUGUGCUAGGUAUGCUGCUGGUCUGGCUAAAUUGAUAGAAAAAUCUGAACACAUGGUCAUGGGGCAUCCACUGCACGUGCUGACGUCACACUCUGUUAUAUCAUUCAUCACUUCAUCUGCAUUCACUUUUUCUGCACAGAGACAGAACAAGCUAAUUAGAAUACUGACUGCCCCACACAUCACAUAUGAACACCAAGGGGUAAACAUGGCACACACAGGAGAAGGAGAGCCACAUGAAUGUAUCCCCAGGGCAGAGGCAGAAGAACAAAUCAGACCAGGUUUGGGCAGUAUUCCAUUAACUAAACCACAGCUAACUCUGUUCUGUGAUGGUUGCUGUUUUAAAACUGAUUCAGGCAAACUUGUGGCCAGUUACGCCAUCGUGGAACAGACUGAUGAAGGGUAUGUAAUAAGGGAACAGCAGGUGUUGCAAGACAGACCAUCAGCACAGCGAGCUGAAUUAUUGGCCCUUGUGAGAGCUCUGCACAUGGCUAGAGACAAGACUGUAAAUAUUUAUUCAAACUCAGCAUAUGCAGUAGGGGCAGCCACUUCCGAACUAACUGGUUGGGCAAGGGUGGGGUUUGUAACAUCCUCUGGGAAGCCCAUAAAACACGCACAAGAAGCUUCUGAUUUGUUAGAAGCAAUUAUGUUGCCACGACAGGUAGCAAUAAUUAAGUGUGCAGCCCACACCAGAGGAAAAGACCCUGUUUCAUUAGGAAACGAGGCCGCAGAUGCUGCUGCUAAAAAGGUGGCAGGGUACAAACCAUUACAGAUGACCAUAACUGCAGUUGACGAGCUACAUCAAAUUGACAGACAUCUAACCACCAGCUUUUUAUCUAAAGAACAAAGUUUAGCUGCAGCUGAGGAAAUAUCAGUAUGGUUAGAGAAAGGGGGAAGGAGAGACUCCCAGACGGGACUAUGGGUCGGUCCUACAGGUAGGCCAAUUAUGCCUGCAAGCUUAGCAGAAAAAGUCCUGACUGAAGCCCAUUCUCUGGCUCACAGCAGUGAGAAGGACAUGACCAAACGAGUGUCCCAAUGGUGGCAUCCCUUCAUGCCACACAUGAUAAGUGGAGUAAUAGCCUCUUGUCAGACAUGUGCAGAAUUCAAUGUUAAGCCAACCUCCAAACCCACUGCAGGACAUUUCCCCACAGAUAGGGGUCCAGGGUGUACGGUGGUCAUGGAUUUCACUGACAUGAUUACUAGAGUAAACGGAAAAAGGUAUCUGCUGGUUCUAGUAGACCAAUUCACUGGUUGGCCUGAGGCUUUCCCAUGCGCCAAGGAAGACGCAGUCUCUGUGGUAAAAUGUUUGAUCAACCAAUAUAUUCCGAGACAUGGGUUUCCUCGUUCAAUCAGAUCAGACAAUGGCACCCAUUUUAAAAAUGAACAUUUGGCAGGUGUAGAAAGAAUGAUGGGUUUAAAACAUCGGUAUGGAGCUGUAUACCACCCACAGAGCCAGGGAAAGGUAGAGCGCCUUAAUUUAACCUUAAAAAACAAGCUGGCUAAAAUUUGUCACAACUCCAAAUUAAAUUGGGUGGAUGCACUCCCCAUUGCACUAAUGUCAGUUCGCUGCUCUAUCAAUCGAACUACAGGUUUCACUCCAUUUGAAUUGGCAACAGGGAGACAAUUCCCAGGCCCAUGGGCCCCUUUGCAUGCUGGGGACACUGACUCACCACAAAUGUAUCAUGAUAAAGUAUGUGCUGUGAUUAACAUGUUUUCUCCGCAGAAAAAUUGGCCAACAGAGAGUGAAGCACCUAGACCUGCAGAAAACACAACACUGUGGACAGGACUUUGGCGGACGUCAGAGUUGACCUCAGGAGAGGUCAAAGAGAGGGAGGAGACAGUGAAGGCAGUGGAAACAGUGGCUCUGGAGACAGCACUGAGGGGCCAGCUGAGGAGCCAGAAAGAGAGGGAGAGGGCAGCAGGGAAGCGGGACAACCAGACACAGAAAACCACAGAACACAGCUAAGCGCAACCCCUGUAUUUAAAAUCCUACAAAGAACUGGAGACCUGCUUCAGACACCAGAACACAUUCCCAUUGCACAUUGUAUAAGUGCUGAUUAUGCACUGGGAGCUGGGGUAGCUAAACAAAUUAGAGACAAAUACGGUGUAGAAGAAUUGGACACCUCAGUCGCCCAACCAGGAGACUGUAUCAAAACUACACACGGUCCACGACAGAUUUACCAUUUAGUAACAAAAUGGUGGUGUAGGGACCUACCCACCUACGAGCAUCUUGAGGCUAGUCUGGUAAAAUUGUGUUACCAGUGUAAGAGGGAUCAGAACAAAAUUCUAGCCAGAACAAAAUAUUGGCUAUACCAAAAUUAGGGUGUGGAUUAGACAAACUAGAUUACACCAAAGUGAGAGAAAUCAUUGAGAGAGUGUUUAGAGAGGGACACAUUCAGGUAAUUCUUCUAACAAAAUGAAUAAAAUAAACAAAUUGGUGGUGGCCUGGGGAGCAAUGUUAGUGGUAAUCCUAUGGGUAAUCUGCCAUAUGGAGUUCAGAGGGACAACAAAGGAGAAACGUAGUGUAAAAGAAGGGGGAGGAAUAGGGGUACGUAUCACCUUAGAAAGGAAAGAGGGAAAGGAUGGGAUGUGGCAGUUUGAUCUUUGUCAAGUGAUAGAUUGUGGAAAGGACCAAUUGGCAUGGAGAGGGUAUGAUGUGUAUGGGUGUUUGUGGCCCACUACCACCACGCCUCCAAACGGUCCCUGGUGUCAUACUUGGCAUGAUGUAAAUUGGAAAACAGCUCCAGGAUUCACUAAAAAUCUUUUGAAAAAUAGUCCUUUAGCCAAAACAGACAGCAUCCAAAAUCGACUUAGGUUGUUUAGGGGAUACCAACAUAGUUGGGGAGGCUGGAAAAACACGCUGAUUAUAUCACUAAAAGAUGGUAAUGAUAAAACUGACACAUACAUCACCCUAGGGGUAGACGUAACAGGAAAAGACCCACUGGGGUUGAUAAAAAUCUCCAUAAAAAAGCCUAAACCCACAGGAGCGCCAAUAAUCACAGACCUAACUGAAAACAAGAAAAAAGUAAUACAGAGCACUGAUUAUAGUGGCCUGACUCCACUAGACCUGAUGACGCUGGAGACAGGCUAUCAUGAAACAAACUUAUGGUUAGAAUGGGUAAAGCUAGCUCAGGGAUAGAAAAUGCUGUAUCAAGAUGGAUGUCUGACAUGUUUGGGGAAUGGAAGGGAGUGAUUAUUGCUAUGCUAACCUCAAUGGGUAUUUUCUUGGGAAUAUUGGUGACAUGUGGGUGUUGUUGUAUUCCUUGUCUCAGAAGUCUGAUAAAUAGGCUGAUAAUAACUGCAAUUGAAAAGAAGGAAAAUCCACCCCCUUAUCAGAUGCCCCUCCUUGCUGCAGCUGACGGAGAUGACGUGAUGGAGGAAGUGGAGGAGGAACUAUUGGAUAUGGUGUGAUCUCUUACGAGAUCAAGAGAGGGAAUUGAGGGAAUUAUAUUUUAAUGUUUGAAUAUUGAUAUUAUGUUUUGCUUUUUACUAAUGAAAUGCUCAUUGCUUGACAUGUUGUGUUUAUUGCUUAAUUUCCGCUUUUAGGGUGGGGUUUUUCCACAGAAAUGUGACAAGAGGUUCUUCUAGAGAAACGAAAGCGGAAAUGUAUUGGGGAAGGGAAGUUCUCUGUGUGUGUGUGCAGGCUGCUGGCAGAUUCUAACUGGCUGAGAUGAGAUCUGAUGAUGGGCAGGCAAAUAAUGGAUUGGAGGCUCAUCGAGAGUGGGGAGGAGACAACCAAGAAUAAAAACUACUGUUUUAUGAUUGUACGGCAAUACUGAACUGCCGAGUGUGCCUUAUGCAUUGUGGCUGUUUUGUAUUCCUGAGCUCAGACAUUUGUUGAUCUGAUUCUCUUUUUUAUUAAACCUAAUUACUCGAUAAA